AUGUCACCACCGAUGCCACAGUUGAGACACGAUUCACAACCUGUUGCCUUCCCCCUCACGCCCUUUUUGUUCAUCUUUUAUCAAAUCUCAAAGCUUUAUUAUAGAACUUGAUAGUUCUUCUCAGUUAAACCUACCUCAUUCUAGUUUAAUUGUUUUCAGAUUCAUAAUGUCCUUCCUUUGGGACUGGUUGAACGGAGUGCUCAACAUGCUGGGUAAAAAGCGUUUUCUCUUAUUUAAAACUUAGUUUUCUGUUUCAGGAUUGGCCAAUAAGAAGGGCAAGUUGGUUUUCCUGGGACUCGAUAACGCCGGAAAGACGACGCUGCUCCACAUGCUGAAAGAUGAUCGGAUUGCGCAGCACGUGCCUACUCUUCAUCCGAGUAUGUUUUUUACAAAAAAAUUAUUCACUUCUCUAAAUAAUGUUCAUGCGUAGACCUUCCCAAAUUAUUUGCUUUCUAAAUAGCAAUUCUUUAAUGCAGGAAACAUCACGAAGAAAGUAACAAAAGUAACAAAAGAAAGUUCCCUUUCAUCAGCUGAUUAACCGGUUUUGCUUAUCUUUCAACAUUUGAUGACGCUGCAUUCUUGUCUAGUUAAUGUGUGAAAACAAAUGUAUUUCAGCAUCGGAGCAGAUGUCUCUCGGAGGAAUCUCCUUCACCACAUAUGAUCUCGGUGGUCACGCUCAAGGUUUGCACAAGCCAUCAAGUGGACACUAUCUCACUGCUGAUUUCAGCUCGACGGGUCUGGAAAGAUUACUUCCCUGCAGUUGAUGCCGUCGUCUUUCUGAUCGAUGUGGCUGAUGCUGAAAGGAUGCAAGAGAGCCGCGUCGAGCUCGAAUCGCUGCUUCAGGACGAGCAGAUUGCCAACGUUCCCGUUCUUGUGCUCGGAAACAAGAUCGACAAACCAGGAGCAUUAAGCGAGGAUCAGCUCAAGUGGCAGCUGAAUAUUCAGCAUCUGUGCACUGGGAAGGGUUAGUAAUUUGUUGUGGCUAAACAUUCUAAUUCUUAUGUCGAUUCAGGUGACGUUUCUCGCAAUGAAAUGCAAAACCGACCAAUGGAAGUUUUCAUGUGCUCAGUGCUUCAAAGACAAGGAUACGGAGAAGGAAUUCGCUGGUUGGGACAGUACCUCUAA